CCCGCCCCGCGUUUGGCCCUCGCUGUGUCCCGUAGUGACGUAGGCGCCGCGUCCGCCGCCGGGAGCCGUGAGGCAGCGGUUCCGGUGCGGCGCCGAGGCAGGAUGGGUCAAAGUCAGAGCGGUGGACAUGGUCCUGGUGGUGGGAAGAAGGAUGACAAGGAUAAGAAGAAGAAAUAUGAACCUCCAGUUCCAACGAGAGUGGGGAAAAAGAAGAAGAAGACAAAGGGACCAGAUGCUGCCAGCAAACUCCCCCUGGUGACUCCUCAUACACAAUGCAGACUCAAAUUGUUGAAAUUGGAGAGGAUUAAGGAUUACCUUCUAAUGGAAGAAGAGUUUAUCAGAAAUCAAGAACAGAUGAAACCUUUGGAAGAAAAACAAGAGGAAGAAAGGUCAAAGGUGGAUGACCUGAGGGGAACACCAAUGUCUGUGGGUACUUUGGAGGAGAUCAUUGAUGACAACCAUGCCAUUGUAUCCACAUCAGUAGGAUCAGAACACUAUGUCAGUAUCCUGUCUUUUGUGGACAAGGAUCUGCUAGAGCCAGGCUGCUCUGUUCUACUAAAUCACAAGGUUCAUGCUGUGAUAGGAGUUCUGAUGGAUGACACAGACCCUUUAGUUACAGUGAUGAAAGUGGAGAAAGCUCCUCAAGAAACAUACGCUGACAUUGGUGGACUUGACAACCAGAUUCAAGAAAUCAAGGAGUCUGUGGAACUUCCUCUCACCCAUCCUGAGUAUUAUGAAGAGAUGGGUAUAAAGCCACCCAAAGGAGUCAUUCUCUAUGGCCCACCUGGCACAGGUAAAACUUUACUAGCCAAAGCAGUGGCAAACCAAACUUCAGCAACCUUCCUGAGAGUGGUUGGCUCAGAACUCAUACAGAAGUACUUGGGUGAUGGUCCAAAACUUGUGCGCGAGCUGUUCCGUGUGGCUGAAGAGCAUGCUCCAUCCAUUGUCUUCAUUGAUGAAAUCGAUGCCAUUGGUACCAAGAGGUAUGACUCAAAUUCAGGUGGUGAGAGAGAGAUUCAGCGCACAAUGCUGGAGUUGCUUAACCAGCUGGAUGGGUUUGACUCGCGAGGAGACGUUAAAGUUAUCAUGGCUACAAACAGAAUAGAAACACUGGACCCAGCUUUAAUUAGGCCAGGACGUAUCGAUAGGAAAAUUGAGUUCCCACUGCCUGAUGAGAAGACUAAGAAACGCAUCUUUCAGAUACACACAAGCAGAAUGACGCUGGCAGAUGAUGUGACUUUGGAUGAGCUGAUUAUGGCAAAAGAUGAUCUCAGUGGUGCAGACAUUAAGGCAAUUUGUACAGAAGCUGGGCUGAUGGCUUUGAGGGAACGGCGAAUGAAAGUAACAAAUGAAGACUUCAAGAAGUCUAAAGAGAACGUUCUCUAUAAGAAGCAGGAGGGAACCCCUGAGGGACUAUAUCUUUAAGUUCUCUGUCUCCUUGAGGACUAUCAGGAACUAUGUCAUGACUGACAGGUUAAUGUAACAUCGCAUAGUUGAGAUAAUUCUUGUUCUUGCAGAGGUUAAAUCUUGAUCAGUUGUGGUUAUUGAGUCAGUGUAACACUUCAUUUCGCAAUAAAACAUGUAUUUGAAUUGAA